ACCAGAGUGAGGGGCUGCUGGUUCUACUGAAGACCAGAGUGAGGGGCUGCUGGUUCUACUGAAGACCAGAGUGAGGGGCUGCUGGUUCUACUGAAGACCAGAGUGAGGGGCUGCUGGUUCUACUGAAGACCAGAGUGAGGGGCUGCUGGUUCUACUGAAGACCAGAGUGAGGGGCUGCUGGUUCUACUGAAGACCAGAGUGAGGGGCUGCUGGUUCUACUGAAGACCAGAGUGAGGGGCUGCUGGUUCUACUGAAGACCAGAGUGAGGGGCUGCUGGUUCUACUGAAGACCAGAGUGAGGGGCUGCUGGUUCCACUGAAGACCAGAGUGAGGGGCUGCUGGUUCCACUGAAGACCAGAGUGAGGGGCUGCUGGUUCUACUGAAGACCAGAGUGAGGGGCUUCUGGGAUGUUGGGCUCUGGUCCUGCUGGGGACUGAAGAACCCGUUGGAGCUGUUUCCGGCGCUCCCUGCUCUGUCACCAUGGGGAAGGCUCCGGUUCUUCGUCCCCCCCGGUGGAGGAGGUUCCAGCUCCCCUGGUCCUCCAGGUUCUCCUGGUCCUCCAGCGCCCCCGUCAGGUGGAACCACUUCUGCCUGGUGACCUCUGUGAGCAGCCAGGACCUGUUCCGUCACCCUGAGGAGCAGGCCAGCUUCGAGGCUCUGUUCCGGCCGUUCGACCCAGAGGUCCACUUCCAGUACUUCCGCUCGUUCCGCCGGGUUCGGAUCAGCUUCAGCGAUGCUCUGGCUGCCGCCGAGGCCCGACUGCAGCUGCACAAGACCGAUUUCAACGGGAAGGAGAUCCGCCUGUACUUUGCUCAGUCGGUCCACAUAGGUAGCCCUCGACUGGAGCCCCCCAAGCCGGAGAAGCAGUUCCUGAUCUCGCCCCCGGCCUCCCCCCCUGUGGGCUGGGAGCAGUCCCAGGACGCCACGCCGGUCAUCAACUACGACCUGCUGUGUGCCAUCUCCAAGCUGGGUCCAGGAGACAAGUACGAGCUCCACACGGCCACGCCCACCACCCCCAGCGUGGUGGUGCACGUGUGCGAGGACGAGCGCGGCGACAGCUCCGCCCCCGACGACAGCGACGGCGACGACAAGCCCCGCCCCCAGCGGCCCCGCAUCGUGCAGACCCGCCGGCCGGACUUCGCCCCCCAAGGGGAGCAGUGAGGGGGGGGAGAACCUCAGCUUGGACCGCAGCGGGGAGUGGGCGGGGCCUCCAGCCUCACAUGGUGCAUCCACUUCCUGUGGGAAAACAGGCCGUCGACACUCCCACUUUCUUCCCACGGGACCUGAAUGCAGCAUCCUCCCGACUUCUCUUCUUGGAACGCUUCUUCAUGGCUCCCCUGCUGGAGGGAAUGUUCCGUCAUGGUUCCUCCCUGAAAUGGAAUGCUCUGUCGUGGUUCCUCCCCCAGAUGGAAUGUUCCGUCAUGAUUUCUCCACCAGAUGGAAUGCCCCGCCAUGCCUCCCCUGCCGGAUGGAAUGCUCCAUCACACAUGCUAGAUGUUUUUUUGUGUGUGUGUGUGUGCGUCCGUCUGUCCGUUCUUCUCACUGUGUGUAUCAGCCAAUAAAAACAGUUGAGGAGUAGAAGUUUGUGGAAACAGGAAUGUUGGUCUGUAAAGAGUUUCUGAAUCCUGUGAAGAGGCUUCACAGUGCUGGCUCCACAGGAGAGGUCAAAGGUCACAGUCCAGGGGUCACAGCAACUUGUAGGUCCCAUUCACACAUUGUUUUCUUGUGAAAGCAGAAAAUUUUUAUUCGUGAGCCCCUCUGUCUCCAUGGAAACACACCUUUUUGGGGGGUUGGAGUGUACUCAGUCUUUUUGGAAUUGUAGAAAAAUGAAGUUUUAGAAAAUGCUCUUUCUCCGGAAACUGGUGAAACAUAGCUUUUCUGAAACACUCUGACUCUGUCUCAGUUUCCGUGGAAACAGAGCCUGGAUCUAUACCUGUGAAGUCCUGGACACUGCUGUUGGGGAUCCCUGGACUGGAUCUGGCUCCUGAACCAGAUGUUUCACCCCCUCUGGAAGAGAUGACUUGAGUUUUGUCAGUUUAGCUAGUUUUUUACUUGGUCCUCAUUUAUGAAAGACUUACUACUGACAUGGUUGUAUUAUGAAAUAAAUAUUUGACCAUCUGA